AAAUUAAUGUAAUUAUUUCAUUAUAUGAUUAGUCUGCUUAUAAAUAUUAAACAAAAAUUAAAGGCCAUACAUAUAUUGCGUUAUCAUUUAAAAUUAUUUUGGCUUAAAAUCACCUCAAGAAACGUUUUAAUUAUCGGAUUUCUAUCCAACUUUAGAUUUUUAAAGACUUUUUCAGCAAAAUGACUAACGUGGGAUAUGAUUUAGAUACGUCUGGUGGACUUAUGCCGCUCAUUCGGGCGCUUAUAAAGCCACCAGACGAAGAAGUGAAUGUUCAAAAGCCUAAGAAAUCGCACCCAUAUUAUAAGCGUCCUGGAAAAGGUCACAACCACGAUUCUUGUGACGCUUGUGGAGAGGGAGGAGACCUUAUAUGCUGUGAUCGCUGUCCAGCUAGUUUCCAUCUUGGUUGCUAUGACCCACCAUUGGAUGAGACUGACAUUCCAUCAGGCUCAUGGCUGUGUAAGCAGUGCACCGCAAAUGAUGAAAAGCCUGGCAGCACCCGGUCAAGCAGGCCACAAUCCCCUGUUGAUGUUAAGAAUGAAUCGGAGAAAAAAACUAGGAAUCUACGUAAUAACCGCACUAACUCAAAAAAGAGUAAAGAUGAGAGAGAAGAGGUUGAAGAAGAAAAUAAAGAACCAGAAAAAGAGCUCACUCCAAUGGAGAUAUUAGUCAAAGCUGCUCGUGUUAUGAACCCACGUCAGUUUGAUUUACCUCCAGAAAUGAAGCAGCCAUUUCCAUUCCCUGGAACUGAUAAGGAGGGUAGCAAGAAUGGCAAUGCAUCACUAAUGACAGUAGAUUCCUCUGGUUGUGUCCCUCUUCCCGCCAAGACUUGUUAUGUGUGCCAGUGGACUUGCAAGCUUGCACCAUUGCUACAGUGUGAUUAUUGCCCUGCGUUAUUUCAUUUGGAUUGCCUGGACCCACCUUUGACUGCGUUGCCAACUGGCCGAUGGAUGUGCCCUAAUCAUGUGGAAAACUUUAUUGAUUGGAAGCUGGUAUCCUCAAUAUCGGCAGUUGAACGAGCGGCUCUUUGGGACAGAUUCGGAGCCCCCGUAGACCAGCACGCCGUGAAAGUGGACUUUAUACGACGUGCGAGACUCCAGAGACACCGCGUGCCCAUGGGCGUCCGCGGUCGCGUAGUCGUCCCCCGCUGCGUACGCGCUCACUACAGACGCCCCCCGCCCUUGUUGCCUUCGCGGAGGGAGCAUGUGCGAUGUCGCAAAGUGCUUAAAAAUCGGAUGCCCUCGGAAUCGGAAUCCGAAGAAGACGAACCAAAUACAAAACAUAAGAUUUGUCUCAACAACGAUUGCUCUCCCGAGGAUUGUGAAAAGCCUAAACUGAGUGGAGUCACUGAUAAAGAUGCUGUGGACGAUCUGAAGGCUAUUGAGGGUGAUGAGACGGCAAAAUCUGAAGACAAAUCCUCCGAUUCCGAUAUUGAUCCGGAGUAUUUACUGCGUGUGAAACGUCGCAAGCCCAGGGAUUCGAGUCCCAGCAAAAAACGGGAAAAACUUAAACUGCGAGCUGGAACAGAUGUCGAGGAGCUCUUGGCGGCCGUUCAGAAGCAUUUGGAUAAGUUAGACGAGCGAUUGGUUAGAGUUUUGGCUUGGCAACGAUUGCAAGAGGUGGCUUUAGGCGAAAGAGCCGCCGGUAGAUGGCGCUCUUCAACAGAUGAACUCAGUACGAAGGCUGCGGCGGCCAUUAAACACGUGGAAAGGUCACAACUCGCUAAACACGGGUUGAGGUGUACCACAUUACCCUCGGAAUUGCUGGCCUCGGCUGACAGGGAGAGGAUCGCUUCGAUAGUUUGGGGAUCGCCGCCCGCCCUGACCUCCGCCCAGACCAAGAAUAACGCGUUGGAGGCCGCUCUUAAAAGGAUGCUGGCCUGCGUCACCAGGCUGUUCCAUACUGACAAAGCGGGUGACGUCACCUUGGGCGCCUCUAUCCCGAUGCGUCUGUCAUCCCUCUCCAUCGGGAGCGACGGUUCCUGUGGGCUUCAGCUGGAGACCAACUGUAGACACGUGUCUGGGAAACAUGCUGUCAUAUUUCGGGAUGAGGUGUCGGGCCACUUUGAGCUGAUCAACUAUUCGGAAUGGGGUUCCGUAGUGAACGGAGUGAUGUACUCGUGUGCCACGCCCCUCUACUCCGCUGCAGAGGAUACUCGUCCGGAGCAAUUGAAACACCUCGCUGACAACAAACGGACCGAGAAAAGAUUAAAAGCUGCUCUAACUGAACCUACCCACGGAGAGCAAACGUGCGCUUGCCCCAUCCGCCCCCCGGACGGCCGUGGGGCGUGGGAGGGAUCCGCGUUGGUGCCCCACGGGGCCCUACUUCAGUUCGGCUGCCAGCAGUACGUGUUCAGCAUCGCGGAGCCCAGACCCUUUCCUUACGAACAGCCGAUUGAAGAACCAGCUUUGUAAAAAAAAUACGGAUUCAAAUUUUAACACCUUUGAGUGUAACCUUCUUAGGUCUGGGCCUCAAAUUGUAUCUAUGUCAUUAUUGGUCAAUCUAAUAGUCAAGUAGGUGAUCAGCCUUCUGUGCCUGACUGACUGUCAUGUCAGAACAGAUUUUUAUUCUCUUACAAAUGUUACUUAGUUAACAUAUUGUUUAAAACAGUUACUAGUGUAUGAUUAGAUAAAGAUGACUUGGAAAAUGAGGGUAGGCUUAUCUUAAUCUACCGUCCUCCUCAUGUUUUCCUUCACCGUUCGAGCAAAUGUUAAAUGCGCACAUAGAAAGAAAUUCCAUUGGUGCACAGCCGGAGAUCGAACUUACGACCUAUGUUGGCUUGUUAAAUUUUUACGGUAAUUAUAUUAGCUGAUUAUAUAAUAUGAAUGUAUAGCGAUUUCGCGUUUAUGUGUUAAGUAAGCGUAUACACAUGCGUGUAGCUUAAUUUAGUUCAUGUUUUAAUAAACAAAAAAUGUAUUAAUAUGUAAGUUCCCUUUGAAUAAGAGAAAUUAUUUUUAACUUCGAUUUAAGGGGCUGUUGAAAAUUGAUGUCAUUUUGAGGGUAGUUACGGCGAAGUAAGACAUAUAUUUGUACCCCAAUUGUCGGUUUAAGGUAUGUUUCCACGCGAUGUUUUGUUUCAUUCGACCGAGUGUUAAUUGCGCACAAAAGUCCAUUGGUUCAAACGCACGACCUCAGGGUCGAGAGGCGCACGCGCAGGUCAACACAGCUCUCACGCAUCGUGGUUAAGUUGCUCGUAGGUUUUUCGUUUGUGAUUGUUUAAUAUUUAAUUAAACAUCAUAGGAUCUGUUUGUAUUUAGGUUAAUAUUUUCAAUAAAAGUGAUAAGAAUUA